AUGGCGGUAGUCUCGCGGUCCAGGAGUCGCGCCGUCCCCGCGGCGCUGCUGCUGCUGUUGAUCCUGGCGGUGGCUUCGGCGGCCGCGGUGGGCGUGGCGGCCAAGACGAACGGCCACGACGUCGCGGAGGAGAGCAACAAGGAGGAGGGGGCGUGGACGGGCUGGGCCAAGGACAAGAUCUCCGAGGGGCUGGGGCUCAAGCACCACGCCGACGUCGACGAGGAGGAGGCCGCGCGCAAGGCCGGCCACACCGUCAAGUCCGCGCGCGAGUCCGCCCAGCACACCGCCUCCGGUGGGGAAGAAGGCGGACGACGCGAAGAGGCGGCGCGGGAUGCCGCGGCGGGCGCGUCGAACAAGGCCGGACAAGCCAAGGACCAGGCCAAGGAGACGGUGAAGGGCGCGGCCGGCGAGGCGUCCAGUAAGGCGGAGUACGCCAAGCAGAAGACCAAGGAGGCCGCCGAGGCGGCGAGCGAGCGCGGCGCCGAGGCGCACGAGCGGUCGAAGCAGGGCAAGGCCAAGGUCGAGGAGAAGGCCCGAGAGAAAGCCGGGCAGGGGUACGAGAGCGCCAAGGACGCGGCCGGCAAGGCGCAGGAGACGCUGCGGCAGACCACGGACGCGGCGGCGGAGAAGGCCUGGGCGGCCAAGGACGCCGCGUGGGAGACGACGGCCGCCGCGAAGGAGAAGGCCGAGGCGGCCAAGGACGCGGCGUGGGAGAAGGCGGAGGCGGCCGGCAAGAAGGCGCAGGAGUCGAAGGAGGCCGCCAAGGGGAAGGCCACGGAGAAGGCGGCGUCGGCCAAGGACUUGGCGUGGGAGACGGUGGAGGCGACCAAGGAGAAGGCCAGCGAAGGGUACGAGAGGGUGAAGGAGAAGGCGCGGGAGUCGGCGGACACAGCCAAUGAGAGGCUGGAGGAGGUGAAGGGAGGGUCGCCGGCCCCAGCGCCGACGCCGACGCCGACGGCAAGGGGAAGCACCGGAGGGCGGACGCGUACAAGUACCGGUCGGAGGAUGAGCUGUGAAGCUGAUGAAUUCAGUGUCGAGGAUGUUUUCAGCGUGUUGAAAUCUCUAGUUUUUUCACACGGAUCUGUACACUCUUUUUAG